AUGGAACAAAAGAAAAAACGGGGUGAAAAUUGGAGUUCUGAAGAAAAAGAAAUAUUACGUACACUUAUUUCACAAUCAGCACAUAUAAUAGAGAAUAAGUCGACAAAAACAUCGGUAAAUAUUCAAAAAAUAAAAGAGUGGAAGAAUAUAACUAAUAAAUUUAAUGAGCUAACAGGUAAACGCCGAUCAGAUGGUGAAUUGAAAUUAUCUUGGAAAAGAAUGAAGUUGUGUGCUAAAUCAAACUUAUACACAUAUAGGAGGGAACAAUCAAAGACCGGGGGUGGCGGAAAACCUCCAUCACCUUCUCUUGAGGACUUGGAAAUAAUGUCCAUUGCCCCUCACGACUUUAUCGUUGAAGUUAAUAAUUAUGAUAGUGAUGCAGUGGUAAAUAAAAUUACUUACAUGUCUUACAAAUUUAAUUAA